AUGCACACGUACACACGGACAGGGGGUCCCCCUGAUGUUGGCAAGAUGCUGGGUGGGGAGGAGAAGGAGGAAGACCCUGAUGCAGCCAAGAAAGAGGAGGAGCGACAGGAGGCGCUGAGGCAGCAGGAGGAGGAGAGGAAGGCCAAAUAUGCCAAGAUGGAGGCAGAGCGGGAAUCGAUGAGGCAAGGCAUCAGAGACAAGUAUGGGUUGAAAAAGCGUGAGGUGGCCGAAGCCGAGGCGGCAGCUGCUGCAGAGGAGCCUGCAGAGGGCAGCUUGACCCGACCCAAGAAAGCUGUGCCGGCCGGAUGUGGCGAUGAAGAGGAGGAGGAGAGCAUCAUGGAUACGGUGAUGAAGUACCUGCCAGGCCCACUGCAAGACAUGCUGAAGAAGUAGCUGAUGUAACAUUAUUGAGUAUAGAGCUCAGUGGCUACAUUCACAAGGCUGGCUUGAGUCAUGAUUUGUUCAAUUAACCCCCCCCCCCCCUCCCCCGCCAAUGACACAAUAAUGACUGAAGUAAAGUGAAUUUAGAGCUGAUGACGUGCUCUUCUUUUAAUGACCAAUAGUGCAAAAAAACCGUAACCUAAACCGACUCAACAACAGCCAGGUGAAUGAUGAAUUUGAAACUAGCAACAAGCAGAGAAGAUACAUGUCGGACAGUUUAUCCUUCUCUUUCUGAGAAGUUUUAAACUUUGAUUUCUCUCCUCCGCAACAGCUGUGAAGCUCUCUUGCAACUCUGAACAACAAUUAACCACUUCCUUCUUUCGGUUUGUACAUAAAUAAACUCACAGUAGGCAAAAAUCACAAAAAAUGUUACAAAAAAAUGUACUUGAUAAGCCAUAUUUUAAAUAUAUCACAAAGAUGUGCUCCUAAAAAGUUCAUGUUGUGUGUUCAAACGUGUCUGAAAUUUAUGUAAAACUUUGCACACGCUGUCUCGCGUUCUCUGUAAAGUCGUUGUUCGGGCACCCAACAUCAUCAGUGUGGUAAAUGUUCCCGUUGUGCAGUGUUUCGAAAUGUUUCUGUUCCCUCACUGAAUGUGUCUCCCGUCUCUUGCAUGCCAUUUGUCUGGAAAAUUUAAUGUGCGAAUAUGUAUCCAAACCCACUUGAUCUCAAUUUAUCACAUUCCUUAUCAUGCAAAAAAAAAAAUAUCAAGGCAAUAAUUCCUAAGUUUAACUGUGUUCUCACAUGUUUAUAUAGCCGCUAACACUAUUAGUAUUAUCAAUUAAACAAUAGAUAUGUAUAUAUUCAGAAAAAUAGCUCUUAUUUUGCUGGGUUUUCUUUUUUUUGUUGUUUUUGAUUUCUUGUUUUGGUGAAGAAGGACAGAGUAGCUGUUCAUACAACAGCUAAAACCUCAAGCUUUCAGCCAUAAAACCCACAACUGACAGUAGUACAAUCAGGAUCCAUGAGAAAUGGAAGAGUAGUGUGUGAAAUCUGAACAAGACUUGCAGUUUUGAAUUAGCAGUAAUAUAUAAGAGCGGACAGGAUUCAUGAGAAAGAGGCCACCUUCCCUCAGUCACACAAUGUGCUUUUCAGAAAAGGACAACAAAUAAUAAUAAAUGCUUUGGAUGAGCGAGAUUCAGAAAGCAAAGAGCAAUAAGGGAUUAACGUGUAUGUUUCUGCUUGAGAUUCAAUAAAGAUUUUCUUCAGACAUAAA